ACACCGGGGAUAAGCGGGGGGACAUCGCGGGGACCGGGCGGGGAGGAAGCGGCGGGGGGCAGUGUGAGGGAACGGGGAGACUGGGGGAACCGGGUUGUUCGGCGGCGGAACGUGUUCUGGGAGGACAAACCCGGGGGUCCCGCUGUGCCCGGCACAGGCUGCUCCCACCCCCGCGCCCCCCGCUGUGACCCGGGCUGUCCCCACAGCUGGGGUCCCCCGGUCCCCGUGUGCCCCUCGGCUCCUCCCGGUCCCCUCCGCUCCCUCUCUUGUCCUCCCGGUGCCUCCCGCCCCUCGGCUCCGCCCAUCCCGGUGUCCCCGCCCCCGGUGUCCCCGCCCCCGCCGCGGCGGGCAGGACCGUGCGGGCUGCGGGCUGGCACCGGGCCCGCCCAGCACCGGACUGGCACCGGACCGGCACCGGCACCGGCAUCAGCCCCGAGCCCGGCCCAUGGCGGCUCCGGCAGCCGUCGCCGCCGCAGGCAGCCGGUGAGCCCAGGCCGGAGCGGGCGGUGUGGCUGGGGACACUGCUGGUGACACGGCCGGCGGCACGGCGGGACCAUGCAGGCGGAGGCCAGAGGGGAGUUCUGCAGCCGGGACCAGCGCCCUGAGCUUGGCAAGGAGCCACUGGUCCCGGAGCGCCCUGCAGGGACCCCGACCCACGGGCCGGCCCAGGAGACCCCCCGAGUCCCCGCGGAGGAGCAGGGUGGCAUCCCCAUCCCCAGCGCCGGCCUGCUGCAGGUCACCGAGCGCCGACAGCCCCUGAGCAGCGUGUCUUCGCUGGAGGUGCACUUCGACCUGCUGGACCUGACGGAGUUGACGGAUAUGUCGGACCAGGAGCUUGCCGAGGUCUUCGCCGACUCCGACGAGGAGAACGUGGCCGGAGAGACGGCCGGCGGUGAGCGGGGGUCCGGGGCCGCCGCUCCCGGUCUGUCCGCCCGUCCCGGUGCGUCGCUGACCGCCCACCCGCCGGUGCGUCCCGCAGGGCUGCAGCCGCCGGCGGUGCCGCGGGCCGGGUACCUGCGCUCGCCCUCCUGGACCCGCGCGCGGGAGCAGGGCCGGGACAAGAAGCACCUGAGUGACCCCGAGCUGCCGCCGGGACCCCCGGAUGCCUUCCUGCCCGCCGAGCGCCCGCGGGAGCCGUAGGGACAAAACCCGCCGGG